AACUCGAGUACAGGCACACGAUCCCGUAGUGCCACGCCUGAUUCAUUAGAUUCAGAGCAACCCGGUGAUGGCGACAUAGAACUUGCAAACAGCAGUCCCCCUCGGCUAUGGUCCUACCCUACACCAACCAUCUCAGUAGUUCGAAAUGUUCCAGCAGAUCGGCCUGACAGCCAUAUCACAACUGUUAAAGAAGUGUUGCGACGCCAGCCAAGUACAUCCUUACCGAACAGUCAUGCCAUGGUCUUCCGCCAUCCUGGUGCUUGGGGCAGUCAUAAAGGAUCAUUAGCUGGCAAUUCUGCUGAAGGAAUUGAGAUGCUCUACUAUCAACCUAUUGGAACCAUCCAUUUGCCACGUCCAAGAGAUCGAGGCAGAAGUGGUAGUGAUCCUACAGAUGAAAGCAGUAGCCACCACAAUGGUCAUUACAUUUCAAAUAACAAAGGGACUUUGAAUGGGACCAAUGGAAUUCACUCUCCAGGGAGAAGCAAACUUCAAAAAAAUCAUAUCACCGUCACAAGAAGUCACAGUAAUUUGUAUAACAUUGAUCAGAAAGAAAGUCCAAGUCUGCCAAGGGUGCCUCCGACAAAGUCAGCCUUGAGGCGCUCAGGUUCUCAUGGUCAAUUGGGAUUUGAAGAAAUAUGUCAACAAAAUACAGGAAGUAAAUUCCACCUUUACCCCACAGAAGAAAAUAAUUCUAUGAAGACAUCUGGAACCUUGAAAAGCAGUGUUGGACGCACUUGGGUUGAAUUUCUUGGAGAUGAAGAUCUGUUUCGUUUGAGACCUUUGCUCUUGUUGGAAGUUACUGCAUUAUUUGAUAGUUACAAUAUCACCUUUAAUAAACGCAAGACACCCAAACAUAAGCGUAAAGAUGGUAAUGUUUUUGGUGUUCCACUGGCAAUGUUACUUGCUAAGGAUCGACAAAUAACCAAUGAAGAAUGUUCAAUACCUCUAGUCUUUCAGAAAGUUUUAUCUCACCUUGAGAAAAUUGGGGUGAGAGAGGAAGGUAUCUUGCGAGUAGCAGGUUUACAACAAAAAGUAGAAACAUUAUAUCAGGCCUUUGAAGCUGAUUUCUAUCGCCAACCUGACCGCAUUGAACAGCUCUUGCAGACUGUGAGCUGCCAUGACUUGGCUGGAUUACUGAAGAGGCUUUUGCGGGAUUUGCCUCAGCCUCUGCUCACAGUGGAGUAUAUAGACCUCUUCUACCAGUGCCAUGGUAAAUAUGUUCACCCGCCAGACAAGAAUGAUCUGAAUGCUCAAGUGAGUUUGGCUGCUACAUGCUGUCGUCUUACAGAGACUAUGUUGAAAGAAGGAGACAAGUUAUGGGUGGUUCCUGAUGACUUGAUUGCUCAGAUUCGUCGGCAGAAAGAAGAAGAACGCUAUCGUAGAGGCCACAAGGAAAAUAGCAAACCUAUGAAAAAGCUUCUGGGUAAGAAAUCUGGUAUUCGAGAGCAGAUAAUGCGGAAAAUAGACAAUGAAGUUGAUUUUCAAGAUGGAGUGAUCAGAGUGAAUGCUCCCCAAUUCCAAAUGCCUGAAAUGCCUAUUCAGCUAGCCUCAAACACAACAGCAGGUGAUGUAGUCCUCAGGAUUGUGGAUGAGGCUACUAGAAGAGCAGAUAUGUCAAAUAGUGGACUCAAAGUUGCUCGACGAUAUCAUGAUAAAUCAAGAGCAUUAGCUGAACUGGCUCCAAAUGGUAAUCUCAGUUGCAUUUUGGCUUCAGGAUACCCAGAACUGACUUUGCAAACUCAUUUCCUGUAUGAAAUUGGAGGCAAUAUUGCACAACGUCAAGUGGAGCCAAAUGCUAAUAUGAUGGCUGUUUAUAAAGAAAACCCAAAUACCCAAUGGAUUCUUCGCUGUCAUCACAGAAAUGGAAAUAACACAACACCAGUUAAUUGAUUUUCAUUGGUGAUGAAAUUGAAUGUGUUUCAACCAAAUGAUUUAUAUGACCAAAUAUUGCACUUUGUAAAUAUUUUUAUCUACAAGUCAUAGAAAUAAGUUAUGUUGGAUUAUUUGUAAGGCCAUAUUUUAUUUUGUAAAUGUGUGAGAGAUGUGUGUUUUGUAAGACUGGAUUUACUUCUGAAGUGAAUCAAACUGCAAUGAAACUUCACUAAUUAUAACGAUAAGGUGCAGUAAAAUUAGUACAGUUAUAUACAGCAAUUUUGCUUGACUGUCCUUGUAAAUAGAAGAAAAAUGAUAUGCCUUUGAGGUUGAUAGGAUUGAGAAUUGAAUUUAUUGUUGUAUUAAAAUUUACAUCUUUGUUAUUCAUGCAUAAGAGAAAAGUUUGUUUUAUUUAUGACAGAACGUAUACAUUAAUGUAAUAAAAUUAUUGCUCCCAAU